GCUAAUAUUUACAUUUUUCUUAAAAAAUUAGCUAAUGCAGAUGCAGAAUUGAGAGAAAAAGGUUUAUUACAAGAUACCACUCCAAGUCAAAAAACAAAUGUUGCUUCUGUUGCAGAACAAAUUAAACGUGCUCAUGCUAUAGAAGAAAUUAAUUCACCCACUUUUACUCAACAUUCCUUUGUAUCAGGACAUUCAUCUACAAAAUCAAAAAAAUCUACAGACAAUAAUGGAGAUAUUCAUACAGCAGCUAUGUUUGGUUUGACAACUUAUCCUCCUCUUUCAACAGAAAUACCUGUUAGCAAUACAGGUAUGAAGAAAUCAAUGCGUGAUGUAUGGAAAUAUGAUCCAGAGAAAUUAGCAUAUGAAAAAAUCUUUUUGAAGAUUUAGAAAUAAAAGCGGAAAGAUAAAAGAAAAAAUUAAUAGCACUUAAAAGAAAGAAAUUGAAUACAGAACAGUUGAAAUCUAUGUGAAAAUUAAACAUUAUAUUAAGUAAUUUCUAUUAGAAGUAGAAUAAUUAUAUAUCUGUGUUUGAGCAAAUUCUGCUGUGUUGGACAUUUUCACAAGUGUGCACAUAUUCAUCUAUAUAAUAAUCCAUAACAAAAGUUGAACAUAGAAAUUUUAAAAAUUAAUAAACAAAAAAA